AUGUACGAGCGCGGCUCUAGCCACGGAAGAAGAGAAAAGGAAGUGUACGAACAUCUAAGAAAUGUCAAGUCAAGCCACACAGGCUCUGUGCUAGUGCGACGCGCCAUUGAUGACUUUCAAAUCAGUUCUGCGGAUAACAUCCACGCCUAUCAGUGUCUUGUGCAUCCUCCUUUAGCUAUGAGUCUAUGUGAGCUACGUAAUCGGACUGUAGAAAAGGUGCUUCCGGAGGAUAUACUCAAGCCAACUUUGAUCCACAUACUUCUUGCUCUCGACUUCCUUCACACAGAAGCCAAGAUUGUUCAUACUGAUAUACAGGAAAAUAAUGUCAUGCUUAGUGUGGAAGACGAAUCAAUCCUUGUCGAUUUUGAAAAAGCAGAGAAAUCCAGCCCUACCCCCCGCAAAGUUGGAGGCGAUCGGGUGAUCUAUUCCUCCCGGGACCUCGGGAUCCCAAAGGUGCAUGGCCGUCCUAUUCUGUCAGACUUCGGGGAGGCUCGCUUUAGCUCGAAUUUGGGGAAGCAGUGGGAGGAUGUCCAACCUUUGGUUUACCGAGCUCCAGAGGUUCUACUGCGGAUGCCAUGGAAUGAAAAGAUCGACAUUUGGAAUGUAGGGGUCUUUGUAUGUAUAUCUCAUCUGCCAGGCCUAAUUCUGCUACAAAAUAACUAUUUCUGUAGGCCUGGGAUCUAUUUGAGCAGGGUCAUCUCUUCUACGCCCGUGAUUCCAACAGGGACGUUUCAGACAGCCACCACCUUGCUGGGAUGAUAGCAAUCAUGGGCGCGCCGCCAAACGAAAUGCUCCAAAAUAGUGAGUAUGCGACAAAGUUCUUCGACAGUGACGGCAACUGGAGAGGUACCGCCAAAAUUCCUUCUGUAUCUCUGGAGAGACUGGAAAGCAAUCUACGAGGUACACAACAAAGCUUAUUUCUCUGCUUCAUGCGGAAAAUGCUUCAGUGGCAACCGGAAAAUCGAGCAUCUGCGAAAGAAUUACUAGCAGAUUCUUGGCUAAAGUCAAUGUAGCUCAGUGUGGGCAUCAAAUGAUGUGUUUCCAAAGUAUAUUUCAGGUGCAUUCGCUCAUAUGCCACAUGCUGCAAAAUUAGAGGGGAAGAACUAAGCGACCUACUGGCUGCCAAAUGUUGGACUUGCUCUCCACUUACUACAGUCAAACCUUCUACACAUAGUGAAUGAGUAUAUUUCAAUGGCUAAUGUACGAAC